AUGGAUGACCCGGAAAAGAAUCUUGUACGUACUUGCACAGCCGUCAAAAAAAUUGGAGAUGAUGUUAAGGAAUUGUCACCUCUGAGAUAUCUGCUGUCUUGUUACAAAAGAUCACAACAGGAAACGAAACAAAAGAUUAUAGGUUCAGCUAUGAUUUCUAAAUGUUGUAAACUGAUAGUAUCUUAUACCGUGACAGCAUUAACAACACCAGAAGUAUUUGGCAUUACUGAUGUUCACUCACAGAUGGCCAGUUUAUUCAGCGAUGUGUGCCAUUCUGGUGAUUUAGAUGUAUUUUCUUCAUUUCUGGAUGCAGUAUGUGCUGCUAUAGUAACAGAUGAAGAGUACAGAUGCAGUGAUGUGUUUCUACCAAUAUUAAAAAUUACGCAUGAGAGAAUCACCUCUCUCAAGACCUUGAUUAAUUCUAAUAAUUAUAUUUACUGUGAGAUUGUCAGAUGCUUCACAAUGAAGCCUCUACUUGCUAAGGUCCUACUGGAUCAUAUCAACCCACAAGAUCUUACCAGAGGGAAAGAUUUUGAAAAAAACUGCAUUGGAGCAUUAUUGAACUUAUCAUGUCUCGUUGAUAAUGAAUCAGGACCUUAUGAGUUUUUUGAUAAACCUUCAAGCUCAUCACAACAACAGCAUCAGGCAACAGAAGCCAGUAUAUGGAUGCCUUUAAGUGUUAUGAAUGAUAAAGUAUAUCAGAUAUUUUUAUCUAUGUUGAAAUGUUCAUCUGAAAUAAAAGAUGAAUUCUUGAUGUGGAUUGGAAACUGUCUGCACUCUAAUGUUGAUCGUACAAAAAUCUGGUCGGUAAUGAUGAGCCGUAAUAGAUUUGUGUCUGACAGUUUUAUGUUGAAUCUUGGAGCUGUACUUUUACGACUGUGCCAACCAUUCACAGCUUCUAUCAACCAGAAUUUGUUGAAGAUUGACUUUAGUUAUACUCUUGCUACCAUGGAAACUGAAGUACGAAGGAAAGAAAUGGGCAUACACAUGAAAGAAUUAGGAAAAGAAACUUGUUUGUGUCAGCUGGAAGAUAACACUGAUCCUAUCGCUAAAAAACCUUUGUACAAUUUUACUACGGAGAUCUUUAUGAUGACUCAUCACUGCUUACGAAUGGGAUACCAUCGUGUCUUCAGCCAGUUCAAUAGACUGGCUCGUAAUUUAAAUCGGAUACAACGCAGUUAUGAAGAUGCACGCCGACAGUCUGCUCAGCCUGCGGUUAUACAAAAUAUACGAGAUGAUAUGGAUAGAGGAAUGACGAUUUUCCUGAGUACCAAAGCUGCUUUAUUAGAACCUCAAUAUUUACAAAUGACCUUUGACCUUAUACUUGCUACUUCUGCCCUUUUAUCACACUCUGCUGUGACUGACAGUAGUGAUAUAUUAGUAGCACCAACAUUACCAGUCCCGGAAAUUGUACCCAGAAUACUUAGUUGUGUUCCAGAAAUGCUUGUGGACAACAUUGUUGAUUCAAUGACUGUUAUACAUCGAUUCAAUAACAACAUUUUAUCAACUGCUGGUGAUUCAUUAGGACACAUUAUGUCAUUCAUUGCCCUGUACAUGGGGAGUCAAGAACGAAUGAAAAAUCCACACUUGAGGGCAAAACUUGCUGAGACACUGGAGGCACUGAUGCCUAUGGAAAACAAACGAGGAAUAGCAGCAACUUUUUACCAGUCAGAAAUGUUAUUCAAAGAACAUAGUUUAUCAAAGAUGUUGUCUACUGCCCUCAUACAUGUAUUUGUGUCAAUCGAGUGUACUGGUGAUCCAAACCAGUUUGAACAGAAAUUUAACUAUCGCCGACCAAUGUACCGCAUCAUGGACUACAUAUGGAACAUUGAUGUGCAUCAAAAUAAUUUCAAGGAACUAGCUAAAUAUGCAGAGGAGAACAUUGAAGAUACAAAUGCUCCACUUUUUUUACGGUUCAUCAACUUAUUACUGAAUGAUUCUAUCUACCUAUUGGAUGAAGCAUUCCAGUUUUUAACUCAAGUUAAAGACAUGCAACGAGCUCAUGAUUCUGGAGAAUGGGACAAUCUUGGACGACAAGAGCGUCAACGCCAGGAUUCUAUGCUUCAUGGCUAUGGUCAGCUGGCUAGAUUUCACAACAUUAUGUCUAAUGAUACAAUGCACACUUUGGAUUAUCUUACUAGAGAAAUCAAGUCUAUAUUUACCCAUACCACAAUGGUAGACAGAGUGGCAUCAAUGCUCAAUUACUUCCUGCUGCAUCUGGUUGGUCCGAAGAUGGGGUCCUUGAAAGUAAAAGAUUUCAGUGAGCUAGAUUUCAAACCUCAAGUACUGGUGUCAGAUAUUUGUCAAAUUUACAUCAAUCUUGGUAACUCAGACAGUUUCUGUGCUGCUGUAUCAGGUGAUGGCAGGUCAUACAGUGAUAACUUAUUUGCAAGAGCUAUCAGAGUACUCAGAAAAAUUGGUAAAUUUGAGUUGGUGAUUGAAGUGGAAAUUCUGGCAAAGAAAGUCAAGGAGUUUGCAACUGAACAACAAAAGGAGGAAGAGUUAUUUGGUGAAAUACCAGAGGAGUUUCUUGACCCUAUUAUGGACACCUUAAUGAUAGACCCUGUGCUAUUACCAACAUCUGGUCAUAUUGUAGACAGAACAACUAUUGCUAGACACUUACUCAGUGAUAUGACAGAUCCAUUUAAUCGAAGCCCUCUGACCAUGGAUCAAGUAAAACCAGACACUGAACUCAAAGCCAGAAUAUUUGAGUGGAGGCAAGCCCAACAAACAAACAAAGAACCAGGACAGGAAGAUAUGGUAGUGGUAGAAGGUGCCUCUGCUCCAAGCAAUGAUGAAACUGAGAGACUCUAAUUAUUAUUGGUCAAGCAAUGAGCUAAAUCAGUUUCAUUAAUUUAUGCUAAUUAUUUAUACACAUCUAUGCUAAUGUAUUCUUGUUAACUAAUUUUACAGUGAAUCCCAACCAACUUUUUUAGCAAAAUUUUCAAGUUAAUAUUAUAGAACAGUCAAUAUUCUUCAGAAUUUUGGUGAUAUAUUUAUGUGGAUAUGAACGUAAGCUCUGUCUUUGAAUAUGAUUUGAAUAUGUUCUUGUCUUUGAAUAUGAUUUGAAUAUGUUCUUGUCUUUGAAUAUGAUUUGAAUAUGUUCUUGUCUUUGAAUAUGAUUUGAAUAUGUUCUUGUCUUUGAAUAUGAUUUGAAUAUGUUCUUGUCUUUGAAUAUAUUUUGAAUAUGUUCUUGUCUUUGAAUAUGAUUUGAAUAUGUUCUUGUCUUUGAAUAUGAUUUGAAUAUGUUCUUGUAUUAUUGACCAUUUGACCAAUAUAACCAAAGAAAAUUCAUACCGACUUGACUUAACAUGAAUGAUGAUCAUAGUCUUACAGACAGGAAUAUAUUCCUUAUAUUGACAGCUGUGUGUGUCAGUGUUGAUGACAUGUAUCCCUUGUUGUAAUCAUGGAUUAAGCCCCAAAUUUAUUAAUGAUAUGUACAGAUACACCAUGUUUCAUUUCGGCAUGAAUUUGUUUCAUGGACAUUUCGAAAUAUUGAUGAAACAUGUCUGCGCUUUGCUAUAGAAACUAUUUGGUGAUGCCCAUUACCCACAAGUCUUUGCAAGUUUAUUCAAUGCUUGGAUGAUUCACUGCCAUGAAUGCAAAAGGUAGAUCCCAUCUAAUUUGUUUAAAAAAUUAGUGAUUCAUUUGCUGAAAUUGGUUGUUUUCAGUCUCCAUUUACAAUUUAUAAACAUUUGAUAUGUCAAAUAUAAAUAUGUGUAUACUUCCACUCGUAUCAAACUAGACACAAAAACACACAAUAAAAUGUGAUGCUGCCAGCAGUAUAAAAAUGCAGAAUGAACAAAAUAUAACCGACCAGAGGAAAAUGGUAAAAUACUACAAGAGAUAAAAAAAGAGACAGACGUUUCGCGUUCAACUCUUCGUCAGUGUAACUGGACAAGAAACGGGAAUACAAUGCUAUACAA